AUGGCGACUAGCCAGCAGUUAAAUGUAGCAGCAACCAUCUUGGAUCUCUUGGAGAAUAUGGCAAUGGCUGUUGCUUUGACUUUGCCCAGUGGGGAAACAAAGUCAAUCUCAGAAGACUCUUUCGCUGGGAGGAUCCAGGUGUUUGGUAAUCAAAAUAUGCCAGACGACUUGGCAAGAAUCGAGAUCCAGAAUAACACCAUGGAGAUAAACUGGAGAACGGUCAUGGGAGCAAAGAACUCUGACUUUGCUGCAGUCUCCUUCUUUGUUUUCGGCGACAUGGAAUCCAUUUUGAACAGCGAGAUCCGUAAAGAUGGCAUCAAGCAGUUGGAGGCAACUGAAGGAACAGGCUGGUUAAACUCCAAAGUGGUAACAGCCAGAAUCAGUAACAAAGCAGCCAGCCACGACCUGACAGAAAUGGUCAAUUUUCCACUGAAACUCAACCAGGAUACCAAAGAUCACAAGAAGGCCGACUGCGUUUAUUUGAAGAUAACAGAACGAGGACGUUUCUGGUCCUCUGAGGGCUGCUUCCCUAUUAGUUCCAAUGGAAGCUACGUAAUAUGCCAAUGUAACCAUCUGACGAGCUUUGCUAUUUUAAUGUCUCCAAUUGAGAUAGAGCUUCAGGUUGAAUUCAGUGCUGAACUCUACAAUUACAAGUUGGAAUACCGCCUGGGAGGCCAAGUGGCAAAUGUGGAUGCUAUGAGCCGCUGCCCACUGGCAGAUACACCACCGGUGAUGCUGCCACUAGGAGAGGCCACCAGGAAAUUAUUUAACUUCCUCCCCCUGCUGAUUGGAUCAUCACAAAUGAAAAGUAAUGCAGAGAACGUAUUUCUCAUUCAGUGCCAAUACAGUGCAGCAAUUACAGCAUCUGAGGAAAACAGUUCUGUUGACAUGAAAAUUGGCUGUGGCUUGCCGUUUCUGGUGGUAUACUGCAUUCAGAGGCUGUGCCAGACUCAGCCUUGUUCGCCAGGUUAUUUAUAUCACAAACAUUAUCACUGCGUGGAUAUUGAUGAGUGUACAUGGCCACAAUGUGAUCCAUCCGCAACAUGUCGCAACACAGUUGGGAGCUAUGAGUGUUACUGUGGUAAAGGGUUUACCCGCAAUCCUGGGACCUCCAGCAUUGCAACAACUUGUAAAGAUGUGGACAAGUGUGAGAAUGAAGAUGUGUGUGGCACGGACGCAACCUGUCAUAACUCCUUGGGGAGUUACCGCUGUAUCUGUCGGGCAGGAUUUCAGCCAGUGCCAGAACAAACACAAUAG